AUGUCGUUUCUUGUUGCGGCGGCGCUCGUAUCUGCUAUUCUCCAAACAGGAUAUAGCAUCAUGUUGUCACCGACUCCUCGAAAAACGCCAAGCGAAAUGUUGCUGCCGAUCCGAUCAACGACCGCUCUGAUGUGUGAGGUGGUGUUCUCCGAUGGUGGUGAAAAGAACAAAGCGAUCUGGUACAGAGAUGGUCAGGAAGUUGGAAGAGUGUCAAGCGACACGAAUACCAUAUUCGAUGACCGAAAUUAUACUGCUGAGCAAAAGGUCCCCGAAGUGGGAUUUCUGAUUAUGAGCAACAUUUCAAAAGAAGACGAAGGUCUGUACUGGUGUCGUCAUGCGGAAACUGGAUUAGCAGGCGAAGUAUUCGCGUUGAAAGUCGCGUACGUUGAUCCCAUUCCAUCUGAGCGAUAUAUUCGAGUAGAGCCUAAAAAUCCUCUGCUCGGAGAGCAGGUGUCUCUGUGGUGUCCGAUACCGAAAGCUGUACCGUAUCCUACUGUCAGUUGGUUACUGAAUGGUGAGCCAGUGGCGCAUACUUCAAUGGACGCGCAUUCAUUCGCAAAUGGUACGUUGUUCAUACGGCAUUUCUCAGUGAUCCACAACGGCGUCUACGAAUGUAUCGUCUCAAAUUUUGCCGCAAAAACGUCAACACGGAUCGUGAUUGACUCAAAGCAAACGUCGAACCGUAACGGGUACUCGCAAAUGUCUCCGAAUGCAAAAUGUUCACUGCUUUUUCGAAGCAGCGUACUAUGGUUUCUCGUCGGAUGUUUGGUGACAAGCUGUUCUGUUCUGAUCUACCUUCUCUGUGCGUUGGUGCUCAUGCGACCAUCGCCACGUGCAACAAUGGUCCCAUCGAUGUGGGCGCGCUCGAACCCAUUGCUAGGACCGGGUUUUCGAAAAGUGAUAGUGCCGAUACCCGAUUUUAUCACCGGUUCCUCGUCCGCUGCUCAUUCUGAACCGUUACCGAACUAUCACGAUGUUUGA